AUGGAUCUUCCACUUCUUCGAUUCUACUUCCGCGGUCUUGCUCUCGUGGCCACUCUUCUCCUUUGGGGUCUCAGUGCCUGGAAUGGUACUGUCAGGGCCCUCGUUCUCGCCGUGUAUCAUGCCAAGUUCGCCGACGGAACUCCACUACAGACGAGGUACACGGGAAUCCAGCUAAUAGACGUACCCAUUGCCCUUCUCGUGGCUUUUUUCUUCUACGGCACCAACGGCUCGGUCCCCGGAUAUCAGCUUUUCUUGCUUGAUGCCUACUCCACGCUGCAAUCCGCGUUUAUCUGGCUGUAUGUGGAAAGCUUCCGUCAGUCCGAGAAACCCAGAUGGAUUGCUCAGCCUGUUAUCUUCGGUCUGCUCUGGCAGGGAUUUGGUGCCGCCAUUUCCUUGCCACUGUAUUAUGCACUACAUCUGUCGUGGCUCCUGAAAGCACCGCAGGCUGCCACCAGCGCUGUCGACCCGCGAGGCGCCAGAGUCAUCCCCGUUGGGUUUCUGCUCGGGGCCUUCUUUCCCGCUGUCGUUGGAAUGCUGCCGACCUGGACAGGCGCCGCGGCUCGGUCGGCCAGUGACCACCAGCGCAUCCUUGCGGCGUGGCAACCAGACCCGCUCUGGGUCUCAUGGGUUCAAUUGGCGCUGGCAUUCGGCCUCAGCCAUCUUCAGCGGACCGAAGGGAGAGGUCCUUCCCCACAGGAACGUACCUCUUCGUGGAUACGGGGUGCAUACCUGCUUGCGGCGACGUCGUCAGUCUCCGGACACCUUUACACCAUGGCCACGGCGUUAUCAGAUCGCCAGCUCAGCUUGUGGCACAUGUACGUCCCCUCCGGUUGGUAUGGACCAUCUGGCGUCUCGGACGAAAUCCUGAUCCGAGGGCCUUGGCUGUUUCUGCAGUGGGACCUGAUCAUCAUCAGUCUGUCAAGUGUCUCCUGGGUUCUUGUCAUUCUCCACCAGGCAUUCGGCAAGGAUUGUGGGCUUUGGACGAUCAAGGUGGGCCUCAUAUUGGUGCUGGGGAGCGUGCUGAUCGGGCCGGGGGCACAAGAGGCGCAACUGGGACGUUUGAGAAAGAUGCAUGCUCAUUGGUCAUAG